AUGACUCUCGUGACAGACACGGUGUCUUACGCUUGUCAACCGGUUGGUAGACAAUCCUACGACGUUUAUCGCCACCAUCACCUUCAACUUCGACACCAUCAUCAUCUGCAUCGUUACUAUCACCAUCGACAUCACUAUCAUCAUCACCAUCAUCAUCAUCAUCAUCAUCGUCGUCGACGACGAGACACGUACGCCGUAUCUACCGAUGAUCCAGCGAUCGAGUGUCUGCAAGGCUACCUGUCCGAGGGAAACGUGAAAGAGGAAACGGCACACCGAGCGAUCGAAACAGCCGAGGACGACUCCGCGUUAGGAUCUACCAGCUCUCAUCGUUAUCGGUCGCGAGCGUCCAAGUACGCUGUGGACUCGGACGACGCGUCGUCUGUCGUGUCAGUGGACGCCUCGGCCGAUCUCGGCGAGUCCGGCUCCGUGGAGGAGAGCACCGGAGAGGGUAACGAAUCGAACGAGCCAAUCGAACCCAACGAAUCGAGCGAAAGAAGCAACGAGUCGAACGAGCACGUGCCGCAUCCUCACGCUGACACCGCCUCGCAGCACGGACCGCGCCGGUGUCUGCUCUGGGCUUGCAAAGCCUGCAAGAAGAAGACCGUCACCGUCGAUCGAAGAAAAGCUGCUACCUUGCGGGAAAGAAGGCGUUUGAGAAAGGUGAACGAGGCGUUCGAAGUUUUGAAAAGGAGGACGAGCAACAAUCCUAAUCAACGACUGCCGAAAGUAGAAAUCUUACGGAACGCGAUCGAGUACAUCGAAGUAGCCAAUAAUCGCAGAGGCUUGGUUCGUUAUUUGCAGGAUGCAGCCUCGCCGCGAUACGUGACAGCAGAACGACUGAGGCAGUUCUCGGACCCUCUGGCGAGGUUUCAACCCAUCAACGGUUUCGAGGGAACGGUGGAACCGCAAUCGUCUCAGCUCAGUGGGAGCAGCUUGGAUCGGCUCAACAUGAUCGUCCAGAGCAUCAACGGACCAACUCGCGCUACCACCGACACGCUCCGAUAUCCUUCGCAACAGUGACAGAUCGAAAAAAUGUACGAUCUUUCUCAAUUCACUGUGUUCCUGCAACCACCGUUGAACCACAUCAUCGAGUGGACAUGUCAAGUUCCUAAAAUAUGCAUAAAUACGCAUGCCUCCUUCCCUCUCUAAUCUCGCUUCAUUCGAGAUCAUUUUGCCUUCUAUUGAUUAUCUCUGUUUGUAUAUAAAUUCACGUGUAUACAUACGUGCAUGCACAUGUAUAACGAGUACAUCGGAGACAAGUCGGAGAUUAAGAUCUAUUCACUUUUGUACUAAACCAGAACGUAAAGAUACAUUACACCUAUUCAAUUGCUUUUGUUAAAUAUAUUGCUUCAUUUUCACAAAAUCACUCAGGAUUGCCUCGUGUUAUUUGCCUUUGGAACUUUCUUCUGUUCGCUACUGUACUUACGUGCACAUACAUAUACACGUAUACACGUAUACAUAUACAUAUACAUAUAC